AUGAGGCCUCGAGGCUUAUCCUUACACGAUGUUUCUAUCGCGUUACGUCCGUUUUAUUUUGCUGUACAUCCGGAUCGUUUUGCUCGUAAUCCCAAAGUGAGAGAACAGAACGAAAAAUCUCUUCAGGUUUUCAAUGGCUAUUUAAAUGAUUUGUUCCCUGUGUCAAAUACAAUACGUCCAACAGAUGUUCGAUUUUCUAUCAUAGACAAGGAAAAUAAUGAUUUGCAAGACAUUCGGAUCACUUUGAGCGGGACCGAUCCAAUGAGAAUUGUGAAACAGGCACUCGAGAGCUGCAAAUUGAGUACAAAAGAUAUUCCAUCUCAAAGGUUGAAGGAUACUUUCUCUUGGGCACCUUCUGGAAGUAGCCUGGGCGACAAUGGAUUUAGAAGUGCCAAUAUAGAACAGGAUCUGCUAAAGCUUUAUUUGCAAAGGAAGAGACGUGAACAUGCCCGAAAUGAUUUGGGUUCCAUGUUGAGGACCUCGCGUGAUGAUGCACUCCGGAAGUCGAAGGAGGCUGAGCUCAUGAGACUGACUCUCAAAGAUGAUAUUGACGACAUCAAGUGGCGAACAGGUGCUAAAGAUGUUGUAUGGCAAAUGGACUGGGCAGAGUCACAUAUGCGAAGAUGUUUGGGAAAUUUAAGCCGACUGCUGGACCACUCGUCAUCCAAAGUCAAAGAUACUGUCAUUCAUGCCUUGUACAAGAAUGUGCUUAGAUUUGGUCGCGGUUCUUAUGUGUGCUGUGAUGGUUCAAUUCAGUUAGGAGCUGAUAACGUGCCUGAACAAUGGGAACAGGUAUGCAUGGAAGCAUCUGUCCGCCGAGCUCAACUGCCGCAACUACGAAAUGCCGCUGCAGAUUUGCGCCAAUUACUUGGAGGCGCUAUAGUUAUCAUCACUCAUCACAAUGGUCUUGCUCAAAGCUUACAACAGAUCAAUUCUCUUGGCAUAAGAGUGCGAAGUAGAGAAGAUCUGUUGCCGGAGUUGGCAAAACAUGGAAAAGACACCAUGGUGGAGGUUGUAACUUCUUACGAUGAACUCGCGGUUGGUCAGGAUGGUCGUCUUCUAAUUCCAUGUAAUGUUGAUAUUGCUGCAUUGUGUUCGUUUCUCAAGGAUUCUGCUGAAACUUCUCGUUCUGUGAACAAAACGAUGCUUCAACACAUGACGGAAUUAGAGGUGGACCGUCAGGACUGCGAAAGGCAUCUAUGUCUUUCAUCACUGGAAUGGGAACAUGGUAUGCGCCCCGACGAAGUGCUCCAAUGUGUUCGUCGUCUUCGUGACGUUGAUGAGGAAACCAGACAGAAUCUCCGAGGACUGGGAAUCAAGCUUUCGCUGAAUCCAAAUGUCUUUGUGAUGAGUGAUGGCAGGAUAUCGAUUCCCCUAAAUUGGAUUUGA